AAACAGGAUGUAAAAGGAAAGAAGGUCACCUCUUGUUCAUUUCUACCCAGCAUCCCAAGAUUUCAGACAUUGGAACCAUGGCCAGCCAGACGCAGGGAAUUCAGCAGCUGCUGCAGGCAGAGAAAAGGGCUGCCGAGAAGGUGGCAGAGGCUCGAAAACGGAAGGCCCGGCGGCUGAAGCAGGCCAAGGAAGAAGCCCAGGCCGAAAUUGAGCAAUACCGCUUGGAGCGCGAGAGAGAGUUCCAGCAGAAGCAGCAAGCGGCACUGGGCUCACAGGGGAACUUGUCUGCUGAAGUGGAGGCCCAGACCCGCAAGAAGCUGCAGGCUAUGCAAGGAGGACAGAGCCGGGGCAAGGAUCGGGUCCUGCGUCAACUUCUCACCCUUGUUUGGGAUGUCCGGCCCCAAAUGCACCCCAAUUACCGCCUGGCCGUCUAGGGGAUCCAUAGAACCAGGCUGUACUUGCUACCUGAUUACCUAGCGGGCCUUACCAACUCAUAUCCUCCAUGAAUCCCUGAGCCCUACAGAUUUACCUGUACAUGCCCCCAAUCUCUCCCUAAAUAUCCCCUGAAUCCUACAGAUCUACUACAGAGCUGAACCACUUAAAGUUAUAUUUUACAUAUAGGAAGUUGUAUAUAAAUUGAUAAUAAUAACAACAACUUCUUCUGCUCCCAAAAACUUACAAGCAAGGGGGAAAUUGUCUUCACAGCUACCAUUUUUCUCUGAAAAUAUGACCAGGUCUUAUAUUAAUUUUUGCUCCAAAAGACACACUAGGGCUUAUUUUCAGGUGAUGCCUUCUUUUUCAUGAACAACCAUCUACAUUUAUUCAUGUAGAAAAAUGUACAUUUAUUCAUGUACAAAAAUCUACAUUUAUUCAAAUACAGUCAUGCCAUCUACUUCUGGAACAUUGUCAUACCUCUCCAAACCCCGAAUUGUGUUGCAACUAACGUACUAAGUGCAUCCAUCUAGCUGACGAUUUUAACUGGGGAAGAGCUUAUAUUACAAGCAUCCUGAAAAAUCAUGCUAGGGCUUAUUUUCCAGUUAGGUCUUAUUAUUGGGGAAACAGGGUAUUAAAGAUGCCCUGAGCACCCUCCCUAGAAAGAGAUGCCCCACCUGUAAAUCUGCAUCAGUGGGCUAGUUCUCAUCCAGCCCCAUUUCAUAGAAUCAAAGAAUAGUAAAGUUG